AUGGAUGUAAUCAAGCAAAAAUACCCAGCUUGGAAAAGACUACUACACAAAUGGCAAGCAAGAAGAGACAUCCCUUUCCGUCGCAAAUUCUUUAUUGGUUACGAUCUCUAUGGCAACACCUAUUGGGAAUUCACAAUUGAUGGCAAUGUGUCACGUUUACGUCGUAAACUAGAACCUUUCAAACAAGAAAUCUUCAAAGUUGAUUAUUUCAAGACAAUACCUCCCCAAUGGCUCCAAUGGUUAAGAAGAACAAGAUUUGAUGCGCCAACUUUAGAAGAACUUGUGCAAGAUCAAUUACGACAACAACGAUUGAAAAUAUUGGCAAAACAGGCAGAUGAGAAAUGGCAAUUGGAGAAGUUGAGAUUAGACGAAGAAAACAGGAUUAAAUUACAACAUGAGUUACAAAGGGCUGAAAUGGAAAAUGCGCCAAAGAUAGCUGAAGAGGCUCAAGAAUCACAACUGGCUGCUGAGGAUACCAAUCCUUGGAAACAAGCCGAUCAAUCUAAAGAUGGUGACCCUAUUGAAUCUGCCACUAUAAAACCACGAUAA